AUGCUGAGGUACUGUGCCCAGAGCUGCCAGCUGCACGGGGGCCACUGCGUCGACAAAGACGCGAGCUGUCAGCGUGUGAGUCUCGGGAAGGUGUGCACGCCAGAUCAGUGGGGUGCCUGCCCCAAGCUCUGCAAGCUCUAUCGGGAAGAAAGGAGAAGGAUCAGGAAAGAGGGGAAGAAGGAGAAGAAGAAGCUCGGAGGGGACGUCCGAGUCAAGAAGGAACAGGUCAAGUGCGUCCGAGUCGAGACCCUGCCUGGGCUGCAGACCACCUCGAUCGAUACGAUGUUCAGGCGCAUCGAGCAGGGUGAGUGGGCUCAGAGGUACGAGCCGAAGGUUCUCUCCCGCGACCCGUGGGUCAUGCACUUCGGCAGGCUCCUGACCGAGAAGCAAGUUGAUGAUCUGCGCGCGGUGGCGGAGGACGGCCGAUAUCCCUGGGAGCUCUCCAACGAGGCAGGAGGCGUCCACCGGGAGGGCCACCGCACCUCCGAGUCCCUGCACUGCAACACGGGCGAGUGCUCGGUGGACAUUCGGGUCCGGAACGCGCACUUGGUGGCCAUGAACAUCACAGGCCUUGGCGUUCUCUUGGGGACGGCUGUUGGGGCUGAGGUGGCCCAGCAUUUGGUUCUGGCCAGCAGGCCGGGUGCAGGGUGGGCCCUCGUCGUCGACACCCCUGCGCGCGGCUCGAACAGCUUGUUUUCCUUGUUUUCCCUUGUAUGGGGUCUAGGGACAGAUUUUGAGUGGGCGUACCUUCUCCCCCCCCCUUCUUGA